AUGGCAAAGAAAGCCUACGAUCGCGCGGACUGGGGCAAGAUCGCCGAAGACGUGCUUCGACCAUUAGACCCAUGGAAGAAGGUGAAACCGAGACUGGCGCUAGAUGCGACAGUCGAGAUGCUCACAGAGACGGCUGCCACGGUGGAUAAAAACACCCCCAACUUGCUGCCAACACCACAUUCUACAUAUAUCAACACUGGUUCGCCCCAGGCCUGUAACUAG